AUGGUCUGGGCAGAAGAACUUACACCUGAAAACAUACGCAAGAAUCCGAAGCUUUUACUUCACAAGAGUGCACCCGACAAACGUAGGUUUUUAAUCCAUCCUGGAGGUCGGCGAGACUUAGCAUUUCAAGCACGACAGUUCAACAAUGGUUUCCGUGGCGCUGUCCUACCAAAUAGCAAUUUCUUCCUCAUGUCACCGAAUUGCGGAAUGCUAUGGGAGCCACCAUUGGGGCUGAACAGAGAAGUUUACAUGCGACGCGACUACAAGUACGGCAAGGAUGAUCCUCUCUCCUGGCCACAACUUUAUUGUCCCGAAUAUCCUCAUUUUGCAUGCAUACGCACUCCACCAUGGAACAGCAGCCCUUCUGACCUUUUCUACCCACUUUUCGCUCCUGUCAAUCACUCCAUUUUUUCCCCUUGCGCUGAGUGUUCCAUCGUACCGAACAUUGGCAAACUAGCAGGCGUAUACUUGGAGAAACUCAAAGCUGCAUGCAUUGACAUCAUGAGGGCUGCACGCCGCAUCGACAGGCCGGAUUCCCUCAGGCUUCAAAUCAGACUCGACUGCAAUAUGAUUGAUCUUUUUCUUGCGCGUUUGGAUGCCCUGCCCAUGAACUUUGAGCGGGUAUGCCUCACAGUUGCAGAGACUCAAAGAGUGACAUGUCUUUUAUGUGCAUUAGUUGACUACAUCCAGAUUUACAAGCCGAGGAUGGAUGGGUUAGUUGAGAGGGACCCCAAGGUCCAUGAUCCAAUGAUAAUGGGCGCUUUUGUGGAGGAUGCAAUGAUGCUGCAACACUUUUUCUGUGCUAGGAUACUGGUUUGGACGAUGCAGCCACUGGAGGAGGCGGCAGUGUAUCGCAUCGAUGUUCUUACCGACAUCGAGACUCCCGACAGCUGGCUAGUCUUGAAUCAGCCUCGACUUAAACUGCGAUCCGUGUAUAAUGGAGCCCCGAACAAGGCCAAGUAUACAGCGAUGAACCUCUUUACAAGGGAUCAUUUGGGCUGGGCGAACCCGUUCCGUCUGCCAAGUCCGGUAAUCCUGACACGACCCAAUGCACCGCUAGCAGUGUCGACUCGAGAGGAUGUCCGGUUUUCUCCAUAUCACAAUCGAAGCAGGAGUGGAUGCAACAAAGUCCCACAAUCCCGCUACAAUGUGUCAGGUUUGACAGAUCCUAGGCAUGCAGAUCUCCCUCCGAUGGUUCCCGUAUGGCGAGAUGCCUUAUUCCAGAUUGAUGCUGAUAAGAGUCGUUGCCAUUCAUCUGCCAACGUUGUCAGAAUUAACGGUCUCUCCUUUCCCCGAGUGGAUCUAUUCACAAGCAUCGAAAAUGUCGACAAGCGUGCUGUGGGCUAUUGGCGAGGGAAGGAGUUUGGAACACUUACUGCAAAUGACAAAAAGGAGAUCCUUUGGGAAAUCUCGGAGAUGGGCUUUCGUCUGGAAGUUCAUGCUCUUGACCAGCAUGCCUCUGUGGCUAACGUCAACGAGGAAGCUCGCAAGGCUGAUAUCGGGUGA